CGUGACGUCACACGUCCGCCGCGACUGGCCUCAGGUGAGCGCGCGUGCGACGGCGGGCGGCGGCACGGUGGGGAGUGAGGAGCCAUUGUGCGCCACGAACGACUACCGGGUCGCUGCUGCUCCUGUAAGAACGGUGGCCGGUGGAGAUCUGGCCGGCCGUCUGACGUGAUGUCAGGAUGAGCGUCCAGACGAACAACAUCACCAUCUACCCGCCGGGCCACCCCGCCUACUCGCCGCCGGCCUGGGACGACUUCAGCGGCUUCUACAUCGGCCUGGGCAUCAGCCUGUCGCUGCUGCUGCUGCUCGCCUUCACAAACUUCGUCUGCUGCUGCUGCUGCCCCAGGUACAAGGAGUACAUUCGCGAUCCGAGAACCGGGAACCGCUGGGCAUUGCCGUUAUUUAUAAUGUCGCCGAAGCACGCCCAGCCGCUGGACUACUGAGCUGCUCGCCGAGUGGUGUGGUCAGAGACUAACACAGACGUUCAGAGAGGACUGCGAGUGAGAUAACUUUGGAAAGCAGUGUCGGUGUAGUGUUAGGAGGAACGCUCGGUGCCGCAGUUGUAACCCAAGCUUGUGAACGAGCUCAAAGUAGCGUACUAUCAACGGACACAGAGGCUACCGCUGCCGAGCCUCAGUCAUGGUGUUCCCCGCGUGGCCGCCGCUGGCCUGUCUGACCCUGUUCGUCGUCGUGGUCAUCAUCCUCAUCCUCAAGUUCGGUCACAAGUGUUUCGGCUCGCGCGUGACGACGCUGCCCCAGGAGUGGGAGCGGCGCCCGUCGCGCUACCAGUACCAGAUGGAGGUGCUGGACACGUCGCUGCAGCAGCCGACCCAGUCAAAGCAGCCGCUGGACGCCGGCGGCCUGGUGCCCGUCACGUACGGCUCGCGCGAGAUGCUGGGUCAGUAUGAUGACGAGCCGCGGCGCAUCAUCGACACCCGCUACCCGGCCGGCGACCUGGACAUUAUCGAGCCGACUCCCCAGUACGCCACCGGCUCUGUGGAGGCCGCCGUCUGAGGCGGGGGAGUGGGCCAGCGAGUGUAACGCGCAUUGGUGAGCACAGAGUGAACUUCGAAGUGGAGGCCACACUUGUAAGCUGAGCCGACAUAGCCAACGUGCGCCGCAUUGAAAAUGAGAAUCUCCUUCGAUCUGUGUACCGUUUGAAGAUCUGACCACUUAAAGGGACCCUCCCACCUUCAAAAAAGUUAAUGAAUUGGCACGAAAGUGAUGUCGCUCGGUUCAGAAAGAGCGAAAACGAAUAUCUACCAAAUUUCAUCGAAAAAUAUUCACCGGUUUUCAAGAUAUUAGACUUUUACUUUUGUUUACUUUUUGGGAUCUCCGCUGUUCCUAGCGACUUUAUUUGAAAGUGCGGCAUUUGUUGCGCGCAAAGCAGCAUAUACCACCGCGUGCUACCAAACGUUUUAGUAAAAGAUUUAAAAAUCGUUAGAUCUCCGCUGACGUCACAAAUUCUAAGGGGGCAUACCAAUGCACUAGCCCCUUAGAAUCCCAAAACUGCAAGUUUGAAAUUCCAUAUCUCCGAAUUAAAGCAUUUGUCGAUGUUGUGAGUGCCCAAACCGGUAUUUGCAGGCCAUGGCCACCAAUUUGGCUAUCUCAACUCAAAACUAAUGUUAAGGUGGGAGUGUCCCUUUAACACGAGAGACUGUGGCCAGCUAUUACUCUGUAGCUUUGGACGAUGAAUCUUUGAUGCUAUACUGCCCGUCCCAGUGGCAUGGACGAAUGGUUUCAUGGUCCGAUCAGGAGUGUACAGGCUUCCAUUCCGAGCAUUUUGCUGAACGUUCCGUCCGAGAGUUGCACAUGAAACGCAUAGUUUAGUGUAGUUGAUAAGGAUAAGUGUAUUGCUGUAUUGUCAAGCGGGAUAAAGUAAAAAUGGCUUUCAGCUCUGACAAAAAAGCGAUUGUUCUUAUGCGAGCGUUUACAGUAAACGCCUAUUGAACUACUAUUGGUAUUUCCAACUGCAGUUUCGGGACUAGUAAGCGAUUCAUAACGCAAAUGUGAUAAUCAGCCGACAAAUAUUUUGAACUCUUUAUCCCACUGUACCCGUACUUUGAUACAAAGUGUUAAGUGCAUUGCGUGCAUCCGUCCAUACACAACAUUCCAUGUUUAGAGGACGCCGAGCGACCGGCACUAGCUGUAGUGUGUGUUGCUAAUGGUACACUGCGUGAGCUUUUUGCGAGCGUGCGUGAAAUCGUGCGAAAUACAUGUUUGUAAAAUAUC